CUCCAGUUUGGUGCCCCUUCUCACAGAGUGGAGAGCUUGCUCCGAACCGCCGCGGCAGUAAUAGACGUUGAUGCCGAAUUCUUAUGCUUACCGGCCGUCAUAGUCGUGGGCUUCGGGAAACACGAUGGCUGGAAAGUGAACACCCAUUGGAUCAAGAGCGACAGCGUCAUUGGUCUGAGCGCGCUACAUGACGUACAUCAUAUCUACAGACAAGUUAUUCACGACAAAAUGAGUGCGGAAACCGCUCGCGAGGAGCUCAUCAGGAUAAUUAGGGCCCCUCCACUCUAUGGUAUCUGGGUCCGGGACGCUCUUGCUUUCCUUCUCUCUGCUCUGAUCUGUCCUCUUGCCUUCGGUGGAAGUUUCAUCGAUCUAUGGAUUGCGGGAGCUGGCGCGGCGCUACUAAACCAUGUACGUGCGAGCAUUGGCUCGCCAGGUUACGUCGUCGUGUUCGAAUUAUUCAUAGCAAUGUUCACCUCGUUUGUCGCACGCGCUCUUGGCAGCAUCAACCCACAGGCGCCGAUAUUUUGCUACAAUGCUAUAUCGUCCUCCUCAAUCCUGUCUAUCCUGCCCGGUUUUCUGAUCCUCACCGCUGCUCUUGAACUGGCCUCAAAGCAAAUGACAACCGGUGGCGUCAAGAUGGUGUUCGCGUUGAUGUACACGCUUCUGCUCGGGUUUGGCCUCUCGAUCGGCUCGGACUUGUACCUGCUCCUCGGCGACGUUCUGCAUGACUCGCGGACCGAGAACAUCAUCAAAUCGUGUUUGCGCUUGGAAUCUGCGCCGUGGUAUCGCCAACCGUUCCCCACCUGGACGCAGUUCCUCAUUGUUCCAGCCUUCUCCAUCACGUCCUCCUUCGCCCACGGGCAGAAAUGGCAGUCUCGGGAGUUCGUCGUGAUGAUCCUCAUAUCUUGUGCCGCGUAUGCUUGCAACGCAUUGGCCAACGCUCACAUGCACAGCCGUUCAGACUUUGUCGCAGCGAUCGGCGGGUUGGCCGUCGGUUUCCUCGGCAACACCUACUCGCGUCUCAGCAACUUCUUCUUCCGCAACCGGCAAGGAACCGCGUUCAACGUGAUGGUCGUCGGCAUCUUGUUCAUGGUUCCUAGCGGCCUCUCAGAGACUGGAGGCUUAACGGCUCGCGGUAGUGCGGUGGACAUAGGCGGCGCCAUGAUAGGGGUUUCGGUUGGGAUUACCGUGGGCCUAUUCAUAGCCAACGCUGUCGUAUAUGCUUUUGGGCGCAAGAAGACGGGAGCAUCUUUCUCUAUGUAA